AGCAGGAGACAACUGGAGCAGAAUAUUUGCAUUCUAGAAGAGCCCGCAGCUUUCUGAGCCAUGCUCAAGGAGGUGGUCUCUCUGGCGACCGCCUUCUGGGCAAGGCUCCAGGCCCGGACUUUGCUAGUGGGUGCUGUCGUCUUUCUGUUGUUUGCUGUCUUCAAAAGGCGGCUCCCAAAGAACUACCCACCAGGGCCCUGGCCUCUACCCGUGUUUGGCAACUUAUUUGAAGUUAACAUGGAGAAUUCGCACUUGGAUGUUCAAAAGUUGGUGAAGAAAUAUGGGAAUGUUCUUGGCCUGCAUUUUGGUAAUGUGUCUUCAGUGCUCGUAACUGGACUGCCCUUAAUCAAAGAAGUUCUUUCUCAGACAGACCAGUCCUUCGUGCACCGCCCUGUAACCCCUCUCCGAGAACGUAUCUUUAGGGAAAAUGGAUUGAUCAUGUCUAAUGGCCAAAUAUGGAAGGAACAAAGAAGGUUCACCCUGACAACAUUAAAGAACUUUGGUUUAGGAAGGAAGAGCCUGGAGGAACGCAUCCAGGAGGAGGCCUACCACCUUGUUGAGGCAAUCAAAGAGGAGAAUGGACAGCCUUUCAACCCUCACUUCAAGAUCAACAAUGCAGUUUCAAACAUCAUUUGCUCCAUCACCUUUGGGGAGCGCUUUGAAUACCAGGAUGCUCAGUUCCAGGAGCUGCUGAAGUUACUGGAUGAGGUCAUGUUUCUGGAGGCUUCGAGAUUCUGUCAAUUCUAUAAUGUCUUUCCAUGGAUAAUGAAAUUCCUCCCUGGACCUCAUCAAACUGUCUUCAGCAACUGGGAAAAGCUGAAAUUGUUUGUUUCUCAUGAAGUUGAAAAACACAGGAAAGACUGGCAUCCUGAUGAGUCAAGAGACUUUAUUGAUGCUUACCUCAAGGAAAUUGUGAAGUACACAGACAAGAAUGCUUCAAGUUUCAAUGAAGAGAACCUCAUCUGCAGCACCCUGGACCUCUUCUUUGCUGGAACUGAGACAACUUCUACAACGCUGCGCUGGGGUCUGCUUUACAUGGCCCUCUAUCCAGAAGUCCAAGAAAAAGUGCAUGCUGAGAUUGACAGAGUGCUAGUCCAGUGGCAGCAGCGAAGCAUGGAUGCCAGAGAGUUCAUGCCCUACACCAAUGCUGUCAUCCAUGAGGUGCAGAGAAUGGGCAACAUCAUCCCUCUGAAUGUCCCCAGGGAAGUGGUGGUUGAUACCACUUUGGCUGGAUACUACCUGCCAAAGGGGACCAUGAUCCUGACCAAUUUGACCGCUUUGCACAAGGACCCCAAAGAGUGGGCCACCCCUGACACAUUCAACCCUGAGCAUUUUCUGGAGAAUGGACAGUUUAAGAAAAGAGAAUCCUUCAUGCCUUUCUCAAUGGGCUGAAGACAACAAGAUAAGAGUAACUAAGAUAUUAUUGAAAUUUACAGACAUCAGGAUCACCAAUCACCACCUCUUACAGGCCACCAGAGUGGAACCUAGAAGUCCCCAGUGGUCAGUCCUUCCCUUUCCUUGGCUGUCUUUCUUUCCCCCUCCCCUGGGGAUUAAAGUUGCUUACACCUAGGCUGGGUUGAGAUGGUCUUGUCAGCAUGGCCUCCAUCUUCUGGACUGGCUUGCUUGCUUUCCAAAUCUUUUUCCUUGUGUCAACAGCUCACCCUUGAGUGAGUGGCAACUACAUGAACCUGGGUACAGUUAUCCAUACACUGUGUUACCCUGGGGAAUGGCUUUACCAUGCAUCUUUAUUCACAGACAAAAAUUCAUGAGGCAGAAUGAUAAGGAGAAGAGAUUUUUUCAGGUUUAAGGAACCUGGUAUUUUUGGCUGUUUUUUUUUUUUUUUUUUCUGGUUUCAUUUCUCCAUCUUCUGGGUGCUCAGGGGUGAGGAAAGCUUUCAUUAGAGAGACAUUCAUAAGAAAAGUGAAACACAGGACAGUAAAAAUACAAACGCAGAUUUAGUGAUCCAGAGAACCUAUCAGUCUCAGAUCCUUGGAGGUGUUUCUUCAGUAGUUUUUAUUCUCAUUCUGAGGAAAUUCAGAAGCUAAAGGAAUUUGGAGCUUUAUUUUCAAAAGGCAAUCUGUUUCAAAUGCUGCAGAAAAGCAAGUUAUCAGGAUGUUGCCCUUCAUUUCAGAGGAAGUCAGUAUCACUUCACCUUCACCCCAGAACUGCCUGACACUGCCCCCCUCCCCACAAAGCAAAUGUGGUCCUAGACUCUGCAUUCUGUUCUUUGGUGAACCCAGAGCGUGGUCAGACUUAAAUAAGGUGCUCGGCAUAAAGUCCAGGUCUGGUCAGGAGGGAGAGGCAAGUAGCCCCUGUUUGGAACCAUGUCAGCUGAGAAGAUAACUCCUCUUCUGUAUUUGUCUUUCAGGAAAACGCGGAUGCCUUGGAGAACAGUUGGCUAAGACUGAGCUCUUUAUUUUUUUCACUUCCCUUUUACAAAAAUUUACCUUCAAGCCCCCA